UACCAUAUCAGGGACGGAUAACAUAUACAUACACAAACAUAUAUGCGCUUAUAUCUCUGAGGCAGACGAAACCCUAAGCGGGAUUCUAGUGGCGGCUAACUUGUAUUGACGAGCAUUCGAUUCAAUUGUUGUUGCUCUUGAGAUCUGCGAAAAUCUUGAAGUUGGCAUCAUUAUUGUUUGAAUUAGGUUUGAUCGGAUUGUCAUUUGAUGCUUUAGCCCUAGAAUUCACUGGAAGCGUGUUUUGGAUCUAAAUCGGAGGGGAGAAUGGAGCCCGAGGUGGUUAAGACGGAGCGUCGAGGAAGAAAGAGGAAAAGGAAGGACGGACAAGGUGCAGAUAAAACAGCAAAGAAAACAGCGGUUGAGACGAGGUCUAAAGUGUUUGUUGGGAGGUAUGUGAAGAAGGAGUUUGAUGGGAAUGGUGUUUUUCUUGGGAAGAUUGUUUCCUACGAUACUGGUUUAUACAGGGUUGAUUAUGAAGAUGGGGAUUGCGAGGAUUUGGAGAGUGGUGAAGUGAAAGCGUUUAUUAUUGGAGACAAGGAUAUGGAUGAUGAUUUUCAUAGGAGGAAGAAGGCUCUAGAUGAAUACAUAUUGAAGAAAUAUGCUAAAGAUGAGGUUGUUCGCUUGGAUGGUGCUGCUAAUAAGGUUGAAGCAGUGAGAAGCGAUGGUGGUCGGGUAGGCAACAAUAUUGAAUUAGCCAAUGCUUUUAAGGUUGAAACUGUGAGGAGUGAUGGUGGUGGGGUAGGCAACGGUGUUGAAUUAGCCAAUGCCGAUAAGGUUGAAAGUUCAAUUCGUGGUGGUGCAUUUGAACUUAGUGGAGCUCAACCUGAGGUUGACAGUGAAUCAUCCAGUGAUGUCAGUGAUUAUGAGCAGUCUGGUGAUCCGGUUGAAGUUGAACGCCCUCCCGUCCCACCACCACCACAGUUGCCGCCUUCUUCAGGAAAUUUUGGGGUCUCUGAGGAGCAUGUGUCAUACCUUCUAUCCGUGUAUAGUUUCUUGCGUUCAUUUAGUGUUUGCUUGUUCUUAAGUCCUUUUGGACUGGAUGAGUUUGUUGGUGCUCUUAAUUGUUCCACCCCUAAUGCACUAUUGGAUGCCAUUCAUGUUGCUCUUCUGCGUGCGUUGAAGAGUCAUGUGGAAAUCCUAUCGUCGGAAGGCUCAGAGCUUGCAUCAAAAUGCCUCAGAAGCAUGGAUUGGAGCUUGCUUGAUUCAUUAACCUGGCCAGUGUUUAUACUCCAGUAUCUAAUGACUAUGAGAUAUGCAGAAGGGCCUGAAUGGAAAGCAUUCUAUGUUAGCGUUCUGGAAAAGGAUUACUAUACUUUAUCUGCAGGCAGGAAGUUAACCAUUUUGCAGCUUUUGUGUGAUGAUGCAUUAUGUUCAGCGGAACUAAGGGCAGAAAUAGACAUGCGUGAAGGAAUUGAAGUUGGCCCAGAUCCUGAUGGAGUUCUUGUCUUUGCUGAUGAGAGUAUCCCUAGAAGAGUCCAACCGAGCUCUUCUAAUCGAGAAGCCGUAAAAGAUAUUGCUGAAAGUCAUAUGAAAACACUGCCUUCUACUGCAAAUUCUUUUGCUGCAAAAGCUACUGGAUUAUAUACUGGUAUUGAUGUUGAUGAGGAUGGGAAUGUUGAUGAAUGCCGGCUCUGUGGCAUGGAUGGGACUUUACUUUGCUGUGAUGGAUGCCCAUCAGCGUAUCAUACCAGAUGUAUAGGAGUAAACAAAAUGUGUAUUCCUGAAGGGGCAUGGUAUUGUCCGGAGUGUGCAGCUAACAGAACUGGGCCAAAUGUUACCAGGGUAACGACUCUUAGAGGAGCUGAGUUUUUUGGCAUUGAUCCUUAUGAGCAAGUUUUCUUGGGCUCUUGCGACCAUCUAUUGGUGAUGAAAGCCUCGAAAAGUUCGGAACUACAUAUCCGAUACUAUUCUCCAGUUGAUAUUCAAAAGGUCUUGCAUACACUUACAUGUUCUGCUGAGUAUAGGACUUUAUACUUGGGGAUAUGCAACAGUAUUAUGCGAUAUUGGGAAAUUCCUGAGCAUAUUUCAUCUCUUGCCGACUCAUUUGGAACAGAUAAAUUUCUCCCAAACAAAAUGGUUGAUGGUGAGUAUUCAAUUCCCUCUACUUUGUUGGCUAAGGAAAGUAGCAAUGUACAGGAUGUAAUUGAUACCGGAAAUGGUAAUGGUGUUGCUGAAUAUAACUCAAAGGAUGUGAUAGCUGCAUGGCGGGAGGAAAAUUGUAAAGAGCCAGGGUUUGGUAAAGCAACUUUGGAUGAACAGGUGGUAGAAGGUAGUACCCAGCUUGGCAACUACACUAAUUCUGUAGGUGCUAACACUGAAACUCUCUGGUCCACUUGUUCAGCUAGCUUGCAGCCUUUUUCCUCUGAACUAAACCAGCCGUGUUCAAGUGGCAAGUUGAGUAUGAAGAAUUCUGCUACAUGUAUCUCUGAAAAUGGCAAUUGCAAUACCAGAAGUGAUAUGAAUAGUGUCUGCGAUGUGUCAAAUAUGUCCUCUCAUAGCAAUGGAACUAAUUUACUGUCUGGUGGGCGAGGUCAUGGAAUUUCUGCUGAUGGGUGCUUGUACAUGGGUUCAUCUUUCAAGCCGCAGGUGUAUGUAAAUGUCUACAUCCAUGGUGACUUUGCUGCGUCAGCUGCUGCUAGUUUAGCUAUUUUAUCCUCAGAAGAAAAGUUUCCAUCUCAACCUCAACCUUCAAGCAGCCACAGGAAAUUUAUGUCUGCUAAUUACUCACUUCAAACAAAAGCAUUUUCACUUGCUGCUAAACGCUUUUAUUGGCCAAAUUAUGAAAAGAAACUUGUUGAAGUCCCAAGGGAAAGAUGUGGUUGGUGUCUUUCUUGCAAAGCUUCAGUUAGUAGCAGAAAAGGGUGCUUGCUGAAUGCAGCUGCCUCAAAUGCCAUCAAAGCCGCUGCAAAGAUACUUGCCUCCCUGCGCCAGUCAAAAACUAUGGAGGGCAGUCUUGCUUCUAUUGCAACUUAUGUUAUGUACAUGGAAGAGAGUUUGCGUGGUCUAACAGUUGGGCCUUUCCUAAAUGCAAGUUAUAGAAAUCAGUGGCAUAAACAAGUAGAGGAAGCUGCAACUUUGGGUGAAAUAAAGGCCUCCUUGCUUGAAUUUGAGAGGAACAUUCGCGACAUUGCUUUUUCAGCGGAUUGGAUUAGGCUUGUAGAUGAUAUGGGAUUUGAAAAUCAAGUCGCCCAAAAUGCUAAAAAUGCGGCAGCAUCAACUCAAAGACGUGGACCGGGUAGGCGUGGUCGGAAACCAGCUAUAAUACUUGAAGUCACUGAUGCUGAUGGGAAGGAUUUAUCAACCAACUUUGCUUGGUGGCGAGGUGGUAUGCUUUCUAAGCAUAUAUUCCAGAAAGGGAUAUUACCACAGAGGAUGAUCAAGAAUGCUGCUCGACAUGGUGGUUGUGGAAAAAUAAAUGGUGUGCAAUAUGUUGACGGUGUUGAGGUUCCUAAAAGAAGCAGGCAGUUCCUCUGGCGAGCUGCAGUAGAAAUGAGCAAGACUGCAUCACAGCUUGCUCUUCAGGUCAGAUACCUAGACCUUCAUGUGAGAUGGAAUGAGCUUGUUCGUCCUGAGCAGCCUCUUCAGGAUGGAAAAGGUCCAGAGACAGAGGCUUCUGCUUUUAGGAAUGCUUGCAUUGUUGAUAAGAAGGUUUUGGGAAAUAAGAUCAGCUACGGUGUCGUUUUUGAGAAUCAAAAGCAUCUUCCUUCCCGUGUUCUGAAGAAUAUAUUGGAAGAGGAGAAAACUGGAGAUGGUAAGGACAAAUACUGGUUUAUGGAGACGCGUAUUCCUUUAUAUCUGAUCAAAGAGUAUGAGAAGGAAGUGGUGGAAGUGGUUUUGACAACUGCUGAUAAACAUGCGAGCACAUUAUCGAAUUUGCACAAAAAGCAGUUAAAGGCUUCUGGAAAAAAUAUCUUUUCUUUUCUAUCGCAGAAGAAUAAUAAUAUGGGGAAAUGCCUCUGUACUUUGUGUCAACUUGAUGUUCCCUUUAGGUAUGCUGCAAGGUGCAGUGCUUGUCAAGUUUCUGUGCCUACCUUUUCAGGUUAUUGUCAUGCCCAGUGUGCGGUUCGUGCAAAUAUUCAUAUGGGAGAACAUGUUGAGUUCAUAAUCACUUGUAAACGGUGUUACAGUGAAAAGGUUGUCACACCUCAAAAUGAAAUUGUUGGCGAUUCUCCUACUAGUCCUUUGCUCAUGCAAGGGCCAGAAAGCCAACAUCCAGCAACAGUCAUCAAAGGGGGAAAGCAAAAUGGUUAUGGAAGGCCGUUAGAAUACUUGAAUCAAUCAUCUGAGAAGAAUUCUACAACCAGUAAUCGGAAAACCAAUAGAAGUGGAAAGCAAAAUGGUAAAAGGCGUCUAUCAGAAUCUGUUGACCAAUCAUCCGAGAAGAAGAAUGGUUUAAGGCCUCCACUAGAAUCAUCUGAGAAGCCGAAUGGCAUACGGCCUCCAUUAGAAUCAUCUGAGAAUAAGCUAACAACUAAUGAUUCUAAUGUGGGGAAGAAAAAAAGCAAAACCAAGUUAUCGUGGGGCUUGAUAUGGAAGACGAAGGACCCAGAGGAAACAGGAAUCGACUUCAGGUUAAAGAACUUGCUUUUGAAGGGCAAUCCGAAUGGGAAUCUGUUGGCACCUGUGUGCCACCUCUGUACGAAGCCAUAUAACUCAGAUUUGAUGUAUAUUCGAUGUACGAACUGCGAUAGAUGGUAUCAUGCUGAAGCAGUUGAGUUGAAGGAGUCAAAAAUUAUGGAGUUGCUGGGGUUCAAAUGUUGUCGGUGUCGCAGGAUACGUAUACCUCUCUGUCCUUAUAUGGAUCCUGAAACCAGAAGGAAAUUGGAGGCAAAGAAGAAACCCCAGUUCAAGAAGAAAAAGCCGAAAAAUUCAGAACCAGUUUCCAACUGUGAAACCAACAGUGAACAAGUGAAUGAAUUGGAACCUGAUGCUAAUUCAGCCUUUGACACAGAGGAGGCUAUAAAUGUUGAAGAGGACGAUCCUCUGUAUUCUUCCCCGACGAUUGAGCCAGUCAAUGACCGACAUUUUGAAGUGUCUAGUCCUGGUCCUGGUCCUGGGUCUGUGCCGAAGAAGCUACAGGUCAGGAGGCAGAUAAAGUCUGAGAAGGAAUCAGAUGGAUGUUCAGCAAAUUUUGAACCGCCAACAGGAAACAACCCGAACCCUGGAGUGGAAUCAUCAUCUCCUGUAGUGGAAUGGGACGUUUCUACAAAUGGAUUUGAAGAUGACAUGAUGUUUGACUACGAGGAUCUUAACUACGAGGACAUGGAAUUCGAACCACAGACGUAUUUCUCGUUCAACGAGUUGCUUGCAUCCGACAGUAACGAUCCACCAGCAGACACGACUGGGGAUUCGGUUGCAGCAGAGGAGGAUUGUAACCACCCUGAACAGUACCAAAUGGGAAUAACAUACGAUGAACAAGAGCCAAUGUUCUCUGUGGAUUCCGCUUGUAACGUGUGUUCACUAACCGAACCAUGCCCAGAUUUAUACUGUGAAACCUGUGGUCUAUGGAUUCACCAACAUUGCUCACCAUGGGAUGAUGAACCACCAUCUUUGGAGACAGAUGGUGCCUGGAAAUGUGGCCAUUGUAGAGAAUGGCGAUAGUAAUGUGUAUGGUUGAUUGAUUGAUUAGAUGGAAUGGAAUGGAAUGGGGGAAUGGCUGGAAUCAGUAUUGGUUUGGAGUUGGAAAAGAAAGAAUUUGGUUGAUA